AAUUACAAGCGAAGAUAAAAAAAUUUUAAACGAAGGAAAAAGAUAUGAAGAGACCGAAAAACUUUCUCUAUAUACUUGGGCACCUCCGGGACUUAAUAAAAUAGGAAUACAUGUCCCAAUUACCUAACAACAAAGUGCCGCGGAUAGGCAGCGCAGGGGAGAGGUACAGGCAACAACAGCUCAACCUGCAAUUGCCUAAACAAGAUUUCAGUCAGGCGUAUUGCAAAUACCUAACCUUCAACGGCAAUAAACGAAACGACAAAGAAAAUGGCUCCGGAACCUUGAAUAAUUGCAAUAAUUAUGAUGAUAAUGACGAUAUCGAAGAUAUUACGGAUAAUAUCCCCGACAGACUGAGUGAUCAAACCAUUAUAGAUAAAUACGAGGAGUUCGUAGCUAUUCGAAACGAGGUAUAUCUGGAAGUCGGUUAUGCUAAAGAGAAUCGCAAACUUAAUCAAGAAUGCUACACCUGCAAAAGAGAGAUCGAAUAUUCGGAUGUGGCGGUUUACUCUCCUAAGCUGUUAAAAUCAAAAAGUUCCAAAAACGAGCUAAAAAAUGGCGAAGAAAACUCAAACUUAAACAAGAAUGAGGACAAAGAAGGAAAUAAAGUGCUUAGUGAUUACUGUUGGCAUCCGGCUUGUUUUGUGUGCCAGGUUUGUCAGGAGUUGCUGGUCGAUUUAAAUCAUUGCGUCAAAGAUGGAUAUCUAUAUUGUGAGAGACAUUUCGCCGAAACUUUUAAGUCCAGAUGCUCUAAUUGUGACGAGUUGAUAUUCGCGAAUGAAUACACCAAAGCCAUGAAUAAAGAUUGGCAUAAUGGACACUUUACCUGCAAAAAUUGUAAUCAAUCCCUGACGGGAAAGCGAUACAUCGUCAAAGACGAAAAUCAAUAUUGCCUUAAAUGCUACGAAGAGCUUUUCUCUAAUUAUUGUAAGGAAUGCAAACUACCUAUCGGCACAGAUUCAAAAGACAUAUCAUACAAGGACAAACACUGGCACGAAAAGUGUUUCGUUUGUGCUUUAUGCAAAUCAUCUCUCGUCGAUAAAACAUUUGCCUCGCGCGAUGACAAGAUAUACUGCACCACCUGCUACGAUAUCCACUUCUCAUCCCAUUGCGACGGUUGCGGGGAGGUCUUUAAACCCGGAACCAAAAAAAUGGAAUAUAAGGGCCAGCAGUGGCACGAAAAAUGUUUUUGCUGUGGUAAUUGCAAAAUGGCCAUCGGAACCAAAAGUUUUAUCCCCAAGGAUAACAGGAUAUAUUGCCUUCAAUGUUACGAGGAUAAAUUCGCUACGCGGUGUGCCAAAUGUCAAAAGGUUAUAUCAGCAAACGGCGUAACAUACAAAAAUCAGCCCUAUCACAAAGAAUGUUUUCUUUGCACUAAUUGCUCCCUACCUCUGGCCGGACAAAAAUUUGCUUGUAAAGAUGAAAAGCCUUAUUGCACCAAUUGUUUCGCCGAACUUUUUGCUAAACGAUGUUUUUCUUGCCAAAACCCUAUAACAGGAACAGGAGGCACAAAAUUUGUUUCCUUUGAAGACAGAAAUUGGCACAACGAAUGCUUUAAAUGCUCCACCUGUAAAAUCACUUUGGUCGGGAAAGGGUUUAUCAAUGAUGGCCCCGACAUUUUAUGUCCCGAAUGCGCGAAAUCUAAAUUGCAAGCGAAAUUGUCUGCUUAAAAUUUAACAUUUUGUUAUCACAAAUAUAUAUUUUGAAACUCACAACAUUUGGCUCAUUUUCAGUAAACAUGAAAAAGAUUUCUUAGAAAAAUGUGUACAAUAAAAAAAAGGCUCUUAGAUAAUAAUAAUAAUAUAUAAUAUAAUUUGUUUAUAUUAAUUUACACAUGCACUUGCACCAACUAUUAAUUAUGCAAUAAUUUAUAUCUUAUAUACUAUAUUUAAGGUACUUUUAGUUUUUUUUGUAAAAAAAAUUAUUGAAAUAUAAUUUAAUUUAUUCUUUUAAGAAUUUCUAAUAACGAGCAUUUCAGUCAAAUUUUAUAAAUUUUUUUUUGUUAUAUUCAUUUCCCCAAAAUAAUAUAACAAUCAUUUGCAAUCUUUUAUAAUAUCUCUAUUCAUUUCUGUCCUUUUUUUCGAUAUUUUAAUAAUAUAUACUUUUUUCUAAAUAUUUUUAGAGGGAAAAAUAAUGUUACAAUUGUAAAACUUGAUCAUAAUGUUAUCUUUCACUUAUAUAAGUUCAGCAUUUCACUAAUACAGCCUAUAAUUUGAUGUAUAUAUAACCUCUUAAACCUUAUGCCAUCUAUGUUGUAAGUAUUAGCAACAAAUUUGGUUUCUUUUAAUGUAUUAUACGUGUACAUUCAUUUCAUUUAUUAU